CAAGCCACGCGGUGUGACGGUGUGCAUGUACGAACAAGCCACGCGGUGUGACGGUGUGACUAAAGUGUAGUGGUUAGGUUUAGUGUAAUUUAUUGCAGUAAUGGAAAAUAAAUUAAUACAACUACUGCAAGUCUUGCAAUUAGAGCGUUGGAGCGAUAAUUUAACAAAUAAUGAUAUAAAAUAUGACACUUUAAAAUAUAUGGUUGUAAAUCGAUGUCCAGAAUUAUGCGAUGUUAUACCAUCCAUUGGUGCGAGAAUUGCGUUGCAAAAUUAUUUUAUUAACAAUGAUUCGGACAAAGAAACGGAAACCUCUUCUCACAUUUCUCUAUCUUCUGUUUCAACGCCUUCUGCGACUUUGCCACUCGCCAAUAUUACACCACGAGAUAUAUUGGAUGCAGCAAUAUCUCUUGACAAUGAAUCAGUGAAUAAUACAGAAGAAUAUAUAGAAAAUAUUGAAUCUCAUUUAAAGACAUCUAAUACACAAAAUAUUAUAAUAUUAACUGAUAACGAACCAGCCAAUAAAAAACAAAGGAUUGAAACGGUGGAUAAUAUGUUAGAAAAUUUUGAUUUAAAGACGUUACUUCGACAAUCAGUAAUUGGACAAGCGAUCAUAGCUUCGUACGAUGCGAGGAGUGGAUUGUCAUCAAGAUGCCAACAACAUUUGGCAAAUAUUAUUAUCUGCCAUUUCUUUGACAAUAAUAUUAAUAUUCAAUUAAACAAUGAAACAUUAAAGAAAAUUGCGGAUCAUAUAAUUACUCUCUUUCCUGCUGAAUGUAAGGAAGUAUAUUAUUGUCCACCAGUAAAAAAGAAAGAUUCGAAAAAUGAGAAAUCUGGUAUUGCCAAAGAAAAACUAGUUGAUAAAAAUAGAAAUAUGCUAGCAUUUUUAAGGAAAUGUCAAUUGAUUCCACUGAACAAAUCUUCAUCAACACAUGAUUCUAAAGAUGAAGAAAUUAAUGAAGAUUAUCGCGAGGAAGCAGAGCGGAGUCGCAAUUGGCUUAAAAAUAAUUUUGAACCUUGGGAAGAGGUUUUGUAUCAUUGGGAAAAAUCGUUUGAACUUAGAAGAAAUUUAUUACAUGACCAUACGACUUAUCAAAAUCUGAGCUCAAUCUUUGAUGAUUGGAAUAUUUUAACAUUUUCACAGGGCUAUAUAUUGAUUGAAAAGGAUUACUUACGGUUAUAUAACGAAAAGCAUAAAAAUGUUGAAGAAAAAUUUCAUUCCUUAUUUGAUGAUAUACUAAAACUGAAAGGCAAGGAGUUGGAUUGUUCUAACAAAGUAUUGCUGGAUAUGUCAAUGGCAAUAUUCCAAAUGAUUCAAAAAUUUUAAUUAAAAUUUACCUAUUAUUUUCACUAUUACCAAAUAAAUCUGCAAAAGCAAAAGUUGGCAGGAACUUCUUUAAACCAACUCAAGUAGAAUCGCAAGAAGCUGUAAUACUUCAUGUUAAGAUUCCUGGUGAUAUAGAAGAAGAAAUCGAAAAUAAAAGGAAAUGGCUUAAAAGGUUUAAUUUGACUUUGCAGCCUUUUAUUCUCAUCGUGGGACCUUCUUUAACAGAGAUAGAAACCAUUUUUGUAAGAAUCGAUAAUAUGUCGUAUAAGGUAAAAACCCUGUGGAAAGCUUUCGAAAUAUGUUUCAUGAGUUUCAUUGUUUUGGACUUGAAAUAUCCACCUGCAGCAGAACACAUUUGGUAUUUAUUUCAAAGAAGUGUUUUUGAUUUAGAAUUAAAAGGAGACAACAAAAUCCCAAUAAUUUGUGAUGUAAUUAAAAAAAUGUCUAAAUAGGUUUUUGCAAUUUUUAAUAUUAUGUUUAAUUUUUGUUUUGAUCUUCAGAAGUUUAUUCCACUAAGUGUUAAUAGAGAUCAAAUUUUUUAUUUGUUUAUUUGCUAAUUUUAUGAAGAACGUUGAUUUUUUUCAUUAAAAAUGCUUUGCACUAUUUGUCAUCGACAAUUUCCAAGUAUUGAUAAUAUAAUAAAACAUAUGAAGGCAACUCACCCUUAUGAAACAAGCUUUCCAUGUGGUUUUCCUAAGUGUUUUAGGAAAUACGUUAACAUUGAAUCUUUAAAGAAACAUUUUUAUACUUCGCAUAAAGAACUUUGUCAUAGUGAUGUAUUACCUACAUUCACUAAACGGUUUACAACUGUUUUUACUGAUAAAGUAUCAUCUUCAAAUAAUACUGUUAAUAUUACUGAUGCGUCAAGUAAUACUGACAUUAUUACCACUAAUGAUAAAUCUGAUGUUAAGAGUGACGAUAGAAAUAUUACAAAUAUACAGACUGUCGAUAACACAAUAUUGAAAUUUAUUUCAAGAUUAUAUAGUAAUAGCUCGAUUACUAGGAAUAUUGUGCAAACUUUAGUUGAUGAUUGUUCAGAACUUGUGCAAGAUUUACUAUCGUACAUUAAAUGUAAAUUACAAUCUGAAAUAUCUUUUUCUGAUGAUAAUAAUAUUUCUAAAGUACUUGAUAACGUCUGUGAUAUAAAGCCUUUCGAGAAAUAUUCAACAGAAUACAAGCGUUUAAAAUUUUUCAAAGAAUCUAAAUGGCUUGUACAGCCGCAAAAAUUUCUUCUAGGAGAAAUGUUUGAGAAUUCUAGAAAUAAAAACAAUGUUACAACAGUAACAUCGAAGAAAUGUGAAGGACAAUUUAUUCCAUUACGGGAUUCACUAAAGCAAUAUUUAGAAUUACCUGGGGUAUUUAUAUCAAUUAAAAGUUACAUUGCGAAAGAAUCUUCAGAAGAAAAAAUUAUAUCUAGUAUUUUUUGUGGAAAUAUAUGGAAAAAUUUAGUUAGAAAAUUUGAUAAUAAAAUAUUAUUGCCUUUGUUGUUAUAUUACGACGACUUUGAAACAGGAAAUCCCUUGGGGUCAAGAGCAGCUAUACACAAAUUAGGAGGUCUGUAUUAUACAAUUGCAGGUAUACCAAAAGCUCAUGCCUCAUCUUUAGAGAACAUUUUUCUUGGUGCUCUUGUACAUAGUGGGGAUCGCGAAAUCUUUGGUAAUAAAAUGUCUUUCAAACCAAUUAUUAAUGAACUGAUUUAUUUAGAAAAUCAUGGUAUCACUAUCUGCGUAAAUAAUAAAUUAUUAUCAAAUUUUGUUUUCUUUGCUUGCACUAUUAGGAGAUAAUUUAGGGUUAAACGAUUUACUUGGUUUUAAUAAAUCAUUUUCUGCUAAUUUCUGUUGUCGUGCAUGUCGAGCUUCAAAAGUAGAAAUGACAUCUCUGAAGAAAAUUUAGAAUUAUUAAGAACGAUAUUGAAUUACGAAGAAGAUUUUGAAAACUUUAGUUAUGGUAUCAAAGAAAAAUGUAUUUUCAAUGAAUUACCCAAUUUUCAUUGUAUAACAAAUGCCGCAUUUGAUGUGAUGCAUGAUUUGUAUGAAAGAGUUUGUAGAUAUGACAUGUCCAAAAUUAUUAAUUCUUUAAUAAAAGAAAAUCAUUUUUCUCUUAAAAUAUUAAAUAACAGAAUUAGAUAUUUUAAUCAUAAAUGUAAUACAGAUGUUGGGAACUCAAUUCCACCAAUUAACGAACAUCAUCUUAAGCAAGGUUUUUUAGUAAUGUCUUCUUCUGAAAUGUCAGCCUUUGUAACAUAUUUCGGUAUUUUAAUUGGUGAUAAAGUUCCGGAAGAUGAUCCAUAUUGGCAUUUAUAUCUACUUCUAAUACAAAUUAUCCACAUCCUAACAGCUUUUGAAAUUAAUGUUGAAGAACUACAUUUCUUACAAAGAUUAAUCACUCAUCAUCAUAAAAUGUAUAUGGAAUUAUUCCAUGAGCGACUAAAACCUAAAUUUCAUAAUUUGCUACACUAUACAAGAAAAAUUUAAGAUUUUGGUCCAUUGCGCUAUUUAUCGUCUAUCAGAUUUGAAGCUUUCUACAAAUUGUCCAAAAUUAAUGCACGUUUAGUAAGCUCACGUAUAAAUAUUGUAUUUACAUUAAGUCUUAACUUACAACUGAAGUUUGCAUAUCGUAUUUUAAGUAAAAAAGGUUUUUAUCCAAAAAUAGACUUUGUUAGAUAUAUUUGUAAUAUUUCAAAAUUGCCUGAAUAUCGUUUUUUAAAACGUUCCAUAAAAAAUGAUAAUUAUAAUAUAAUUUCUUGGGUUAAAAUUAAUGGUUUUACAUACAAACCAAGAUUAGUAUUUUGCCUGAAUGCAAAUGAGUACAGCGAACCACAGUUUGGAAUAAUUAAGUACAUUGCUAUUGAUAACUUUAAACAGUUUUAUAUUAUUUAUGAUUCUUGCGAAAAUAUUGGCUUAGAUUCUCAUAAAUAUGCAUAUGAAAUAUCAAUCAGGCAAAAUACUAAUCUCAAUUUGUAUGUAAAACCACUAAAUAUUGGAAUCAUACAACUUAAUUAUGAUAAUCUUUUUGUUACUCGAAGUAUCAGUUACACUGCUGAUGGCAGUAAGUUAAUUACAAAGUUUGUAUAAAAGUUUUUUAAAAUUUUUAUUUACUUGAAAACAUUGUCUUCAUAUGUCUCAUACGCAAAAAUGAAUUAUUUUUUAUUUGUAUAGCAAUUGAUAUUUUAAUACUUUACAAUUUUUUAUGUUUAGAAAAACCGUAUUGCAAACUUUUCCGAACUAAGUAUAUGUAAAAAAAGAUUUACUUUGUACUUUUCAC